AAUUACAAAGUCCAAAAACAGGAAUAAACUCUGUCAAUUGCGCAAAACUCUAUUCAGCUUUUCCUUUUGCUCUUUCUCAGUCUCCUCUUUCAUUGUCACUAGUUUUUGCUCUUGUUGCUGCUGUUAUGCUUCUCCGUUCAUGGCUUCCUCAUGAGCAGGAUUGAGUUAUAACUGUUGUGAGCGGUUGUUCCCAACAACAACCAGUUGGGAGUAGUUUGAUUUACAAGGCAUAACAAUAACAAAAACAAAGUUCGUCAAGUCAGAAAACUUUUGCUUUAUUACGACUUAAGGAAGCUUGCAUGGAAAAAAAAAUACUUCCAUCUUCAUCUGGAGGCUAUGACAUUGGUUCCUGUGGGAUGCAUUUGGGUCAAAGGAUAUCAAGGCCAGUUGAUUUGCCUGAAUUUUCCUGGCCUCCAGAAUCAAGAUUAAAGGAGAACGGUCCACUCUUAUUCACUACAGAAGAAAACACCCGUGAGUCAACUGUAAACCAAUCAAAGUCUGCCAAAAUGGUUGCUAAUGGAGAUCGUUUCCAGCAGGAUCAAUUUAAUUAUCAGAACAGUGUCGAAGGAUACACUAGUAGUAGGAAGGCCCAAGAAAAUGAAGUUAAAAUUAUCAACCAUUACCCUUUAUGCAUGCAGUUGCAAUCUACACAGCACCAGCACCCACAUUGGAAAUGUGAUGUUCCAAUUGGGAAGACGCCUGAUUCGCUAAAUUGGGUAUCAAAGACAAGUACCAUGCUUGCACAAGCUGACACUAGUAGAUCCUCUUCAAAAUCCAAUAAUUCAAAUACUGGAAAAUCUCAGUUUCAUCCUUAUCAGGGAGAUUUGAUUUCUGGGAACCCUGUUGUCACCUCUAGGAUGCCAUUGGAAAUGCAUAAUGUUUCCACUGGAGUUGUGCGAGAGGUUGAAGCAGUUGAGCAGAUUUCUUCUCAGCACCAUACCUCAGAUGCUUCUUCUCAUGGAAGAGGUUGUCCUGAAGAAGCCAAUAGAUUUGGAAAUUCUUGUGUUUUGGAACAAAGUCUUCAGUGUUCAAACAGAUCUGGAAGUAAUAACCCCUCACAUAGAGAUAUUCUCUCAGGGGGCUCGGCUUUUACUGACCAAAAGGCUGGUGGAAAGUCAUUACUUAAUGAGGCUCAGAGUUUUGAUAAUCGUGUAGACAAUUUACUUGAAAGUAGAGGAAGAAGUCACAUGGAGGGUGAUAUGAAAAAGGACCUGAAAGCAAUAGAUAAGGAGAACAUCAAAAGUUCUUUGACAGAUGACCUUUCCUCCAAAGAUGGCCACUCUCCAUUAAAUUGUGUUCAACAUGUUGAAUCAAAUAAGUCAAACCAUAGUUCUGAAAGAUUAGAUGAGAAGAGUAGGUUACCGUCUAAUAAAAUGUCUCCUGCGGCUGAAAAGCUAUGGGAUGGAUCUCUUCAGCUAAACUCAUCUGUUACCGUUUCUGUGGUGGCUUUCUUCAAAAGCGGUGAGAAGUUGCUUGAUCCCAAGUGGUCUGAAUUUGUAGAAGUUAAAGGCAAAGUAAGACUAGACGCAUUCGAAAAAUACGUCCGAGAUCUUCCCCGUUCACGCAAUCGGAGACUAAUGGUAAUUUCUAUUUGCUUCAAGGAGGGAGCUCCUGAAAAAGGACUCAAGGGCAUGAAACAGGUUGCAAGAGAAUAUUUAAAAGGUGAUAGAGUCGGGUUUGCAAACCUCUCUCCAGGUGUUGAUAUUUAUCUUUGUCCCCCGAGCAAUGCAAUUAUCACUAUUCUUGCAAAAUAUGGUUUCUUCAAGGGAAUGGCAGCUGUCGAAGGGAACUCUGAGUUGAUGAUUGGUUGUGUUGUAUGGAGGAAAAAUCGAACGACUUUGACUUCUGUUCUUAAAAAAUCUGAGGAAAAGGCUAAUUCUUUGCAGGAGCAGCUUCAAAAGUCUCCAUCUGAUUCUUCUAUGUUGCAAGGUGGGGGACAAGGUUCUUUAUCUGUGCCAUCAGUUGAGAACUCAAACACAUCUGCCCCACUCAGCUCUUUCGCAAAUCUUGAACAAGCAAAUGUCACUGGUGGCAAGAGUGUUGGUAUUGAUUCCGCAAGCAGGACAGCCUUUACAGCUUCAGGUGUGAAGUCACCCCCUUUUCAGCAAAAAGAAUCUGAACUUUCCAGUUCGCAUCUUUGGGGAUCUAAAGGGCACUUGUCGAGCAGUGAAGCUUCUUGUGCCAACCAGUCAAAUGAUGAACCACCCAAGGAAAGCACGAACCUCCCAAAACCUGUAACAUCAUUGCUGCCCAAUGCAUCAAAACGAAAAAUGGCAUUUUCAGAUGAUGAUGAUCUCCCUGAGUUUGACUUUAGAACUGCUAGUGGAAUAUCUUCAAGUUCCCAUUGUUCCGAUGGAUCCAUUCUUGGCAAUAGGCUUCAACUUUCUGGAAGUAGACUUUUAGAUAUGUCUAAACAGCCCACCAGACCUGUGGCACCUUCAGUUUGCAUGAGUAUUCCUAGGUCAGUAAUAUCGGUCAGUAAAGAGAUGCCCCUAGCUAGAAAUGUUAAUGACCAUAGUCAACUGGCCACUGCUUCUAGGCAAAUGGAAGAAAAACAUAACAGCCAAAGUCAUGCUAUUCCAGUGACAGUUACUGUUUUUGCAUCUGGUUCACCGAUGGUUCCGUUUAAUAGCUCGGGUAAGAAGAACUUAUUUUGUGAUGAUGAUAUGCCUGAAUGGUUGCCACCAUAUGCUCAGAAUGAAAGAACAAAUGAACCACCAAAAACCUUACUGCCUGAAUCUUCAAACUCAGCCUCAAGAACGUUUCCGCCUCUUCCUACAGGAUCAGUGUUUCCUUAUCCAUCAUCUGCCACAACCCAUACCAGUUUUUCUUCACAACCAUCUCCUCUCUAUCAUCUGCCUGCCAAUUCCAAAGUGCCACCUCCCAUACCCUCUCAAAAUGGUCCUAGUUAUUUGACAGGAUUCACCUUUAAUCCAGUUCCAAGGCCAGAGUCUGGUUCCCUUGCUGCUGCAAGCUUAUUGCAGCCUGCUGAUAAAAGAGUAAGGAGGUCUUGAUACUAGCUCGUAAACUCAAUCAACAGUAAAAUGAUUCUUCGAUAAUUGUUCAGCGACAUUCUGAAACCGUAAAUAUGCAUGGACAGCUGGUCAGGUUCAUGGAUAGCAGAGUAAACUGAGAGAGUCUAUAGUUGGUUUUCUUUUCUUCUUUUUCCUUCAUGUGAAGUAGUGUUCCGACAGUAACAGUCAAGCAGAGGACAAUUGUUGUGAACGGGCUUUUCUGCAUCUUAUACUUGAUUCGUUUAGUGACUUAAUUAGCUGUGUUAUUGAUUUUCUUAAUCUCCCCCCCUCCCCCCCCCCCCCCCGGGCAUAUUAUUCAUAUCUUAUUGGUGUUGUAGAUGGUUAAUGUGCUUAAUAGUAAUAGUAUUGGUGUGUAAGAAACUUGAAACAAGUAGUGGUUGUCUUGUUCACCUGCCACUCCUAUUGACUUGUUUUCCAUGACUAGUGAGGAUAUAUGUUGUUCGAACUCUUCAAAAAUGUCGACGGGCGCAUGUCGGAUCCUCCAAAAGUAGUGCAUUUUUGGAGGAUAUGACACUGGUGCGGCAACAAUUGUGGAGAGUUCGGGCAACGGAGGUUUAGAAUGCUCCACUAAUUGAUCAAGGGCUGGCAAGUUGGCAGCAAGCACUUCCUCCCCUCUGUGUGGAAAAAAGCUUGUCGGUGCUGGCACAUGUGGCAGCGCCUCUGGAGCCGUCAUUCUUUAGGACGUGGUCAGAAUUACUUAUUAGGGGCAGACAAACCGAUAAAGCACAGGUUAAAAAUCGUUGAUGAGAAUCUCCGA